UGGAACAGUAUAGAGUCUGUUUCUAAUGAAAUGGUUCAGAUGUCUAACGAACAGGCAAAAAGUGAUGACAGUGAGAAGAAACUCUGAACAAAACCCAUUUCCAUGAAUACUUGGCCCAUGUGGGCCCCACCAGUAAAAUCUACAGGUCGCAAAGCAGUCAUCUGGAAAGUCUGAUGUUACUGUGUUGGCCAACCAGUAAAUAUUAAUAUAGUCUUUUGGCAUCAAUAAAGAUAGUUACCCAGUUUCUAAGAGGAUACCAUAGUGAAAUGAAUCUGGGCUAGGCCCACCUCCCUCUACCCCCACGAUGUGCUUAUUAAAAUAGAGCACAGCAAAGACACAGCUUCGGUAGGUAACAUUCAGCUACCUACAUUUGACUUUCCUCAUUUCACAACCCACACUCCUACCCCUAAAAAUACAUGUUUCACCCACAGAACCAUUACCUCACAACCUUUUAUUUCCUUUUCUUUUUGGCUGAAUCUUCUAACCUACUUUAAAAAAAAAAAAAAAAAAAAAAAAAAUCCCCAGCACGCUGCUAUCUCCUGUUAUAGCACCAGGAAGGAGCGCUGAGGUUGUAUUGGGCAUGAUGGAAUUUGCCGUGGGGAAACCCAGUGAUGAUAGUGGAACCCGCCCGCGUGUGAAUUCCCGUGGCUCCCGCUGCGGCUUUAUAAGCAGGUGGAGGAGAGGCGAGCUUGGCAGGACAGGCAGGCGGUGAAAGAGCACUCACUGGAGCACAGCUGCUGCUUAGAGUGAAAAUGUCUGGCUUCAGCACAAAGAGCUUGGUCCUGGCUUCUCUGCUUGGGCUCCUGUUGCUGCUGCUGUGCAGUACCUCCCAAGCACAAAGCAACCAGGACUGCUGUCUGUCUUAUACCAAAGCCCGUCUGCCUCGGUGGGCCAUUAAGGGUUAUACGGAGCAGCUCUCUGGCGAAGUCUGUGAUAUUGAUGCGAUCAUUUUCCACACCUUCAGUGGAUUGAAAGCCUGCGUAAACCCUAAGGAUGUCUGGGUGAAGAAGCACCUUCUUUUCCUGAGCCACAAGCUAAAGAAGAUGUCAAUGUGAUAUGGUUUCCAGCAGGGAACUAAACGCAGUCGUGGCUGAAGAACCACUAGGUUCAACCUCUUGGUUGAGAUCGUCGUCUUGUACACUGUUGUGUGCUUACUCACCACCAUCUCUGGCUUCUUUGGAACCGUUGAACUUCUUGUUGAUUCAUAUUGCAUCGCUGUUUUGCUUGAUUUAAGCAUUUUGUUAAAGUUUCUAUGUUUACUCAUGUCAUAUUAGUAGUACAUGAGUACUAUUUGUAAAGAGUACCUUAAGCUGUUGUACAGAAUAUGAAUUGUAUUAGGUUUAUUGCAUAGUAUUUUUGUGUUGCUCAGCAUGUGUAAACCUUUGUAAAGGAUAUUUAUUCUGUUUAUUUUGUUACUUCUCUAGCACUUUCUUGUCCCAAAAUGUUCCUUUUAACUGUAGUUAACAUUAUAAUACUUUUUGAACAACUGUUAAAGUCUGCUUGUGGAAAAAAUGGAAACUGGAGUUAAAAAUAAAUGUUAAAAAC